AGUCUGUAAUGGCGGACAGCGUCUAAUGUGUACCAUCAACCACAACUGAUACAUUUGACGUGUUGGCUUUACUGAAGCUGCAACAUUGAAUUCAGAGCAGCCAGGCCAUGUCAGAAACAUCCUCCCCAAAAAGACCUCGGCUUGACUUUGAUGACACUAAAGAUGAUCACUUCGACAAAUACGGCAAAAAUCGAGACCAGGAUGAUCAAAGCAACUUUGCUCAGUCAAAGUCGAGGAAGCGACCAGAUAUAGAUGAUGAUGACGGCAAGGAUGAAGAUGGGAAGUCUAAAUCUGUGACCAUGGAAACUGCAAGAAGGGAGCAUACUUUAGUGAUGCGACUCACAAAUAAGGAACAGGAACUACAAGAUUGCAUGAACCAAAUUCAAGAGAUGAAGCAAGCCCAAACGCAGAACACAGCUCAGCUCCGGUCGAUGCUUCUGGAUCCAGCAAUCAAUCUGGUGUUUCAGCGAAUGGCUGGCGAGAUGGACGAACACAAGGAGAAACUCAAGCAAAAACAAAACGAACUCAGCGCCUGGAAAUUCACGCCGGACAGCCAAACUGGCAUGCGACUGAUGGCUAAGUGCCGCAUGCUUCUCCAGGAGAAUGGUGAGCUGGGCAAGAUGAUCUCAUCAGGCCGAACGACCAGGCUAGAGGGGGAGAUAACUCUGCACAAAGCCUUAGUCACUGGAAUAAAGCAGAAUCGAAAAGAGCUUGAUGAGUUUGUUGGAGAGCUAGAGGAGGAUGUGGAGGGCAUGCAGGGCAUGAUCUUCAUGUUACAGCAGCAGCUAAAAGAGGCCCGGGAGCAAAUAGCUCGCUUACAGCAGGAAAAUGAACAACUGCGGACGUUACGCAUGCCCCCGGACCCCGAGCCGGGAGGCGAUGCUCAAAAUCAUUAUGGCAGCAGCAGCAGCAACAACAACACACCUCAGCACAACUGGCCGGACCAGAGCGGUGGUAACAGCCCAGUCACUGGCACUGACCCAGACUCCACGGCCAGCACCAAGUUGCUGGGCUCCUGUGGCCUGCUUGGAAGCAGCGCCACAGUGGUGUCUGUUGAAAGCUCAGUGAACAAGUCCACAGCGCCAUCCUCAUCCUUCUCUGCCACCGUGGUGCCCCCAGCCCUCUCUGCCAUGUCCAGCGGGUUCCGAAAUGCAGCGGCUACCAGCUCAUGUGAACAGACUUCAAUGGCCAAGAGUUCUGGUGAAGAGGUUAAUGGCGGUUUUCUGGCCCACAAAGUGACUCCAGAUUCAGGUAUGCUGACUGAGGAGGAGAACACCUCAGCAGACACGGCAACCCUCACUGCCGCUGGUUCUUUAAGUACUGCACGGGUGUCGGGACCUCCCAACACGCCUCAACAAGUUGUAGGCAAUGCUUUGCAGCACAGGACUACUGGGAGUAAUGAGGAUGAUGCUGCACCACAUACAGAAGGGGAAAGUGUUUCUUGUCCGAGAGAGACUUCUCAGCAUGGAGUAGAACAGACUACCUGUAGUGGGCCCAGUGAUGCUGGCUCCACACAGAAUGCAACCGUGUCGUCAUCAGGUAGUAAUAGUAGUAACAGCAAACCCUCCUCAGCAAAUCCAUCAUGUCCUUCUCCGGAGAGUGGCUGUGUCACGGCUCAGACUUGCGAGAAUAGCAGUGAUAGUAAACCUAGGUUGAAUGGUUGUAAUGAAUUGACAGAGCAGUCGUCAUCAGAGCUGUUGGCAGAUGAUGGAGUCACAGAAGGUACUGUUAGCCCAGGAAGGACUAGUAGCAGCUCUGGUGUGGGUGCUGUGCCAGUGGAGAGCUCUGGCCCACAUCAGGCUGUGCAAGAGGAGGCUAGUGACAGGAGACACUCUGAAAGGCUGCAAAAAGAGACGACGAUAAAGAGUGAUUUGCUUUCCGCCAGUACGGAUCUGGCUGUGACUACAGUAGUGCCCGAGGAGAAUAUGGACUGCCAGACGACCACAAAGCAGCCUCUCGUGAACGGCAGUAGCAGUGUACCAGAUGAAGGCCUCUAGAGAUAUAUUAUCUUCAAGCCUGUUUGGUGUCUUGUCUACUUUUCAUUCAAUUAUAACUCUUUAGGUUUCUUGGCGGGGGGUCUUCAAAUCGCACGCUAGAUGCUUGGAUGUGUGUUAUCCCUCCUUGCUAUACACUACUAAAGUCUAGAUUUCUGUUACUGUUUUUUUACUUUUACAAGCAGAAAAAUAUUUCCCUUGGGUGUCACAGGGAUAUUAUUGUUACUGAUACUGAAAAUCAUCUGUUUUGUUUCACCACUACCGAGUCCUUAUCAAAGAUAUUUUAGUUUUGCUACAGGUUAUAUUUGCGUAUCUGUGUCUGGAGACCAGAUAAAGAAAAGGGUGCUGACUGGUCUUGCUCAUCCAAUAAUGUAGGGGCUGGAAUCCCUUCUGCAAUGCUCUUAAAAAACUCAGUGACUGCUAGGUUUGAGUUUGAUGAAUUUAUCCGUGGCUGUUCCUUGGUUUAGUUCUUUGUCCCCAUUUCUUUUCUUCAGUUCUGGGGUUCCACCAAGGGCUCAGGAAUCUGGUGGUACCUUUGAGUGUUCUAGUAAAUUUGUUCACUAUAGAAAGACCCUAGUUAGGAACAAAAUGUUCACUGAUAUUAGCUUCAUUUUUAUUCCAUCAGUGAUUUUUUAACAGUGAAAGGGGGGAGUGGGGAGGUGAUUCUUUGGUUUUUCAUGUGUGACCUUGGUCCUGGCUGCCUUGUUAAUGUUAUUUGUUUCCAGUUGGCCUAUAGGGGUCAGUCAUAUAAUGGGAUUUUCUUUGGUGUUCAUCAAAACCAUGUCCGGUAGCUUGUAUCUUCACUAUUAUUCUUUAUAGUUGGGGAUUGGGGGAGACGU